CAUAAAAUUAUACUUGGUAUCAAAAGAGUUAUUAUAACUGUCAAAAGAUUUAUAAAAUAAUAUUUUUCAUGUUUUCUCCAUGUUCUCUGUGAUAAAUCUUUUAUAUUUAGGAGAUUGUAUUUUUUUCUUUUAUGUUUGGAGCUAAAUAGGCAUAUUAAGAAUCAUAUUUAGAAAAUCUAUUGUUUAGAUAAUUUGUAUACUGUUGUAGAAUGUUCUGCAUAGAAUGUGGUAGCCACCUUGGACCCCUCAACAAGUUCUGUGGGGAAUGUGGUGCUGCUGUGAACAAAGAAAGCAGGAUUAAAGAUACUCAUCAUGCAGUGAAAGUACUAAGUGAAGAAACCAAACAGAAACCGGAUGGAAUGGAGUCCACAGGCCCUUCAAAAAGGAUUGAAGAUGAAGGUUUGAAGUCUAAAUUAGAGUUUUUGAGGAGAAAAUUCAAUGCCAGCCAACAGAAAAUGCAUGCUCAAAGAAAUGGCCAUACCGCUUCUGCCAUCACCAAAGAGAUUGAGAAACCAGAGAAAUUGGAAAUACGUUUCCUGGAUCAAAAAGAAAAAAAGAAUCCAGAGAUUGUUUAAUGGGGGAGAGGCUUCCCUGAUCUUGACAGUGGAGAGAGAUUCUACCAUGGAGGCUUGGUUGCAGUGCAUAAGAAAGAAAUUCAAGACAGCCUUCACCAUGAAGCCUAUGAGGCUUGAGAAUAAAACCUAUGUAGAAUUACCGGAGGAUCUGCAAUUGGAAGAAUUAAAGAGAAGAUCGAAGGGGAAGAAGAAGUAUUAUGGGUUUUAUGUGAAAAUUCAUGCCAGAUCCAAGCAGUGAAUCAGAUAAUGGAAGCAGCGUGAAUAAGCCAAAUAGUCAGCUCAUAGUGCUCUCUGAGGAGGAGUUUGAAGAACCUGAAAAGAAACGACAGAAAGGCCCCAAAACAAGUACACCUGCCUCUUCACCUUCAACGGUACUUGUAGCAUCUAUAGACGAUGAGUUACCCAGCCUUCAAUCUCCUAUCAAGAGAGAAAAGAGAACAUCCAGCCCUGGACAAUCUUUAAUUAAGGAAGACAGUGAAGAGCUGCCAGAUAUUCCUUUACCUAUGACCUCAAAGGACACAGAUGAAACAACAAAUACAGACGAUUGGACAUCAGAUAUUGAAAAUAAGAUGGAUGAAGAUGAUGUAUUGAAAGACUUUGAGGAGAUGAUGCAGAAAAAGAGAGACAGACAGUCGUUUGCAGAAAACACCUUCAUAGAGUUUCCAACCAAAGGAGAUGCACAAAAAAUGCUUUUUGUCGUGUAUGAAAGCCAUGGGGGUAUUGCCAUAAAUAGACCUUUUAAGCAUGGUGACACAGUCAAGAGUGUAUACAGCUGGAUAGUUCAAGAAAUAGAUCCUGAAAUUCUACCCCCUGUGUUUCACCUGGAGUGUUUUGCUCCAACAAUGUGCAAGGAUAAAGGCUGCCCCCACAUAUAUGAGUUAGGCAACUCCCAUAAAGUAAAGGUUGAAGAGUUGCCGGAUGUUCUAUACCUUCGUGAAGGGUGUUUUGCUGUAAAUGAUACAUUUACUGGUCUGGGAGAUGUCCUGAUAUGAAUCUACACAUGGA